AUGUCCAACCUACUCACAGAAAUCGGAAAAUACACCACUCUAAGCAUUGACACGUUUACCCCGGACGAUGCCGCACCUUUCCCAACCAUAGAAUUUGUUAAUGCAACCUCCAACCAGGGAAUCGCCUUUGCAAUCUGGAAACACAACCCAUCUUUAAUCGGAACUGCUCUGGCCCAUCUCCAGUCCAAGGGCGUGGUUCCUUCCUUGGACGAGACGUUUGUCCAGGAGAUUAUCUUUUAUGCCACUGCUUUUGCAGGGAACGACAUGCUAAAGCUGAUCUCAGGAAGGGUACUGGCGCAAGUUGACCCUGCUGACUCUUAUAAUACCGAGAAAGUCGUGGCUUAUGCAUUAAGAUUGAGUUCUGCAUUUGAAGACAUUGGUAUCCCCAAAGACAAGUUCAUAAUCAAAAUUCCAGUCACUUACGAAGCAAUGCUAGCUGCUGAAAUUCUUACCACCAAACACGGGAUUGCGUGUCUGGGAACUGUGGUUCAUUCUCUGGUCCAAGCAGUUCUUGCUACGGAGGCUAAAUGCAAGUACAUCUCGCCAUAUGUUGAUGAGCUCAAGUAUGCAUUAGACCCAUCCACUUACGUUGCUCUCCCUUCAGUGGACGCCAACUACGGCUAUGUCAUGACCAAGGAGAUCCAGAACUACUUCUGGUAUCACAAAUGUCCUACAAAAGUCUGUAUUGCAGCUCUUGUUGGUCUCGAUAUUUGUCUUGGUCUAUCUGGCGUUGAUGAGAUGACCAUCCCACCAUUGACAGCUAAGAUGCUGCAAGACCUACCGGUUCCUGCAGGGUUCGAGCCUGGUGUAUCCAAAGAAACUGUGGUAGAAGUUGAAAAAAAGAGCUACAUUGGAGACAAAGACGCGUAUUAUGCCGCCUUGGACAAGAUUCCAGAAGCCAAGGCUAGAAUUGAUUUUACUCUGAACACGUUCAAUAACUUCAAUGACGAGUCAAAGGCGUUCAUCAAGUCCCUGCUCCUUAAGGAAGGAGUUGCCUAG